AUGAAGUUCUCCUUCACUACCAUCGCCUCCAUCUUCCUCGCUACGCAGGCUGCUGCCAUCCCCGCCGAGACUGCUGAGCAACCCUCCUGCCCCCGCACCCGCGCAGCAGUACCUCUCUAUCGCGCAUACCACGGUGCGACUGUGAAUCACUUCUACACCACCAACCAAGCGGAAUGGCAGAGCACAAUCGGCCUCGGGUACCAGCAAGAGGGUACCGCUGGUCGCGUCUACGCUUCGCAAGAGGUCUCUACCAUCCCUCUCUACCGCCUCUACAACCCAUCCCACGUAAACCACUUCUACACUACCAGUGAGGCGGAGGCCGUCAGCGCCUCCAAGAAUGGGUAUACCAGGGAGGGCGUUGCGGCAUAUGUGUUCCCUACACAGAUCUGCGGAAGCCAGCCUCUGUUCAGGCUCUUCAACGCGGCCAAUGUGGACCAUUUUUACACUGCGAACUGGGAGGAGAGGAACAGUGCUAUCAAGUCUGGGUACACCGACGAAGGCGUUGCUGGGUAUAUCCUUGGAUAA